CCUAGAUAAAUAGGGCCCCUCUGAAAAGCAUUUGAAAUACAAUUUUUCCCUGCGACUGGUGCGUUCUCCAAUAUUAAUUAAAAAAAAAAACUUCCAAGACGUCUUCUCUCUUUUCAAUAAUUCGCCUGUUGAGAGCCCUCGCUAAAAGUAGUACAGUUAGUAUAAUGUCGGGACAGCGGCUGAAUCACCACUACAAUAACCACGAAAAGCUCCUCGCAGCGAAGGUGCUCUGGAUUGGCUGUUGGUGGAAAGACGAGUGCGCGAACGACUGACGGGAUUGGCCGUGGGGCGAGGCAUCGGUGAUCGGAGUGAGAUAGUAUUAGAGUGUACAUGAGUCUUACGUAGGGUGUGAUAAGCGCGGAAUGACGAGGGAAAGCCCCACCUACGCGAUAACGCGAGGAUUUGCUUCACCAGUGAAGUAGAUAGAGAAAGGAAUAGUCAGCCAAGAGGCUUUAUUACUACAUCGCAUGAACGAGUCAAGCCAGGAACAACCGCGAAACUCGUUAGCUGUGACAUCCGGCUUGGCUUCUUGUGCCUCCCGUCGCGGGUAUCGCGAAGGAGCGAGAGGGACGGAGGGAGUUGUAGCUUUUUUUUUUAGGGAAAGACGUGGUGGUGGAACUCGAGUGGCGCACUAAUUCGAAAAAUAAGUCCCCACGCACUUGACUGAAGCACACUCCGUCGAAAGGGUGCGAGCGGACAUCAGUAGCCCUUUACUGGUGACUGUUUCGGUGGUUUAAAGUGAAAAAACGUGAUUGCAAGUGCUGUUGUGUCUGGGAAAUUCGAAUGGAUUUUCAAGUCUGUGAUUCAGGGACGACCGUAAUUGGUUGACGGAGACGGACUUGUUUUUUUUUUGUUUUUUUUCUUUCCUUCAAACUAUUUGGAUUGAUUGGAAUCGGGGUGGGAAUGGCGACGGUAACCAAGAGGAGUCCCCCGAGUUCACCAAAGCCGUCAUUAGUCGGACAACCAACACCUUUCAGCAUCGAGGACAUCCUCAGUCGUUCGAAAACACAGGGGGAAUCGACUGACAUCCGUCGCUCGAUGCCCGAAGAAUUUCCGGAUAACUCACUUCAUGGACACAAUUCGGAUUUUCCAGUGUACGACAGGAGUCCUUGCAGCUCGAUGGACAAUGAGCUGAGAUUAUCUAGUCGUGCGGUAAACAGGAAGGCACCGGGAUCGCCUGAUUGUCAAGCGAGUGUUGUACGGGAGUUGGAUUUUUUACGGAGAAAUCUCGCACAGGCGAAUCUGUCCAAUUUUGGGAAUCUUCCACGGGGUAGUUUUGAUAAUUUCGAGCGACUGGGGAUUACGUACAGGAAGAAGGAAGCUACGAAUCGGCAGCAGGAUGAGGCGCUGGAUAUGAGCAAGAGUAAAUAUCUAGAUGAUAUUGAGGACGAGCUUUACGACUCUCAAAGCCACGGUCAGUCCCUUCAGAAUCGAAAGAAGAGAAGUAGAGCUGCUUUUUCUCAUGCACAGGUCUACGAAUUGGAGAGACGAUUCGCAGCGCAAAAGUAUCUCUCUGGACCAGAAAGGGCUGACCUCGCGAGGGGGCUCAAGUUGACGGAGACACAAGUGAAAAUUUGGUUUCAGAAUCGAAGGUACAAAACUAAAAGACGUCAACAGCAAGAAUUAGGCGCCCUGGUGAACUCAAACACUGCGAGGAGGGUAGCUGUGAGGGUAUUAGUUCACCCUGAUGACCACCUGCGAGGAUUGCCACCCCUUCGUGGCUCAAAUCUCCAACUUCCGGGGCAAAUAAACUGUCCACCUCAACUUCAUCCAUCCAAUAAAGCUUUAAAUACAUUUCCUUACUAUUGCCUUCCUUAUCACCCUCUCCUCUGUCCACCCCUGCAUUCACCUCACAUACAAGUCCCGGGAAUUCCAGAGUUGGAGCAGAUUCCCCGCGAAACACAAAUAACAAAAGUCAAUCAUGAAAAAUAACUAGUUCCCCCGGAAAAUUUUCGUAAUUAAUUGGGAUUCGUUGACACAAAUGAAUGUAAUGAGGGAGCAAAUUGUCUCGAUAUUUCAACUACGCGAUUUAGGUAAUUAUGUCGAUAAUUGUAGCCAAAUUUCUCGUCAAAACGCACCAAAAAUGAAUGUCUGAAUUUCAAUCAUUAAUGAAAAUGUUUAUUCCCAUAAAAUUCAGGGAUUCGUCUUUGCUGUGAAAUUAUUAAAAAUUUCUUAGAAUAUAUUUAUUACAAAUAUUAAUAUGAUGUUGCUUAGGUACACAUGUGUAUAUUAGAGAUGU